CUUUGGAGGUGGUCAAAAUUAAAAGUCAGGUGGGCACUUUUCACUGCAAGAGGGGUUUCUGGCAAAGUUUUCUCAUCAUCUACCAGAAUGAGGGACUUAGGGGAUUUUGGAAAGGAAAUCUCGCCUCCUGCCUCCGGCUGUUCCCUACAACGCAGUUCAUCUAGCAACAUACAAAAAGAUAGUCCACCUUCACAUGGAUGAACUGGGUUUCAUCUCUCAGUGGAGGGCCAUAUUUGCAGGUGGACUGGCCGGUGUUGUUGCUGCUCUGGCCACGUACCCUCUGGAGGUGGCGGAAACCAGGCUGAUUGUUCAAAACUGCAGGCAGCCCACAUACAUCGGUGUAGCUCACACCUUAACAAAAAUCUACAAGAAUGAAGGGCUGCUCGCCCUCUACAGGGGAUUUUCUCUCACUGUCUUGGGUGCAGUUCCCUUUUCUGUUGGAUGUUAUGCAGUCUACAUGAACUUGGACAAGCUGUGGCAGGAGCCGCCUGUUCGCUUCACUCCCCUGCAGAACUUCAUCAAUGGCUGUUUGGCAGCAGGAGUGGCUCAAACCCUGUCAUACCCUUUCGAAACUGUAAAGCGGAAAAUGCAAGCACAGAGCCCCCGUCUUCCCCAUUUUGGGGGAGUUGACGUCCAUUUCACUGGAAUGAUGGACUGUUUCAUACAGGUCAUUAGAAACAACGGCGUCUUUUCACUGUGGAACGGCCUUACUGCCAACACAAUAAAGAUCGUUCCCUGCUUUGGCCUUCUUUUCACCUGCUUUGAGAUGUGCAAGCAGGUCUGCCUUUACCGCAACGGUUACAUUAUCUCCCCUCUGAGCUACAAGCUUACCCCGGGGGUCGACCAGAGCCUCGGGCCGUACGAGCUGGAGGAGGUCAAGCGCUACUUGAAAAACAGAAACUUUGAGUCGGGGGAUUCAUCUUUGGGAAAUCGAUGGUGAAGCUUUACAUGAAAAGAUGUCAGUUUUUUGGGGGGUUUUUUUUUUGGGGGGGGGGGUUUCCCCUUUUCUUUUUUUUGAAAAAAGAGCCCUAAAAAUGUGAACAAUGUCCUGUCAUCCAAGGGCCUACCUCUCUCACAACUUUGACAUUUGAUUUAAAAUGAUUAUCUCAGCAUGUAUUGUUUACUCAUCCAUGAUUUACGAUGGCUUUUUAUCUAACCUGUGCCUUGUGUGAUAAAUAUUUAUUUUGACGGCUCUGUGCUGCAUUAGAAUCAAAGUGCCAUAGUGUACUUGCAUAAAGUACCGUAGGUUAAAAAAUGCUUGUGUAUUUUCUAAAAUCUGAGCACCAUGAGUUUUGUUUAACACCUGUGUAACAGAUUAUACUUUUAAUGUAUGAAUGAAUGUAAAAUUUUAAUGCUUUUUAAGUAGGUUAUUACCAAUCGUGUACCUGAGCUAACAUGGAAAGAAAGAAAUGUGUUCAAGGUUAAAAUAAUUCCUUUUUUUCAUUCUGAAGGUGAAGACAUUGAUUUAACCUCCUCCUCCUCCUAUUUGCUGAAACCUGCAGCUCCUCUUUGAUGACGUUGUCCUUAAGUUGUCUGUCAGCAGUCCUACCUGUUUUCGGUUGUUUACACUUACGAAGAACAUUUUCUGAUGCACCUCAUUUAGGGUACCUGUACAAGAGUAUUUCCAUUUUCUGCUACCUUAUAUUUUUACAUGUCCUCUAAAAUUCAAGAGGCAAAUCUCAUACUGUUUAAUUUACUCCUACAAGUUAUUUUGUAGAUACUAUUAUAUGAUAAGAUAAACUGGAAACAUUUUUGUAGUUGAAUACUUCUCUGGGUGUAUUUCUGCACUUUCACUUUGCUUAUUUUACUUGAAGAUCCAUAACUCUUUCACCACCUGUCUUGUAUAUAUGGUAAUAAUUUGUUUUAAUUAUUUGGUGUAAAGGUUUGCUCAGACUUUAUCAUUGUGAGCUCACGUGGGCAAAUGUGUGGCAGCUAAAAGACAGUAACAGCUGGGAUUACCUUUUACACCAUAGCUGUGAGGCCUCAUCUGCUCCAGUGUGACAUUUAGGGAUGGGAAUUGGUAAGAAUUUUGCUUCAUAAAG